GGGUCUCAGCCUUGAAGCUCAUUUCACGCAUCAGUCCCCAGGGCUCGGCUUCCGCCUCCUGCCCUUGCAUGAUGCCAGUCACAGCACAGUCUGGGGUGCAAGCCUGUCCCAGGGCAGGUCCCAGUGCCUGAGAUGCUCCUGCCGCUGCUCUUAGCCGUGCUGUGGGGCGGGUCAGGGGCUCAGGACCCCCGGUUCCAGCUGAAGGUGCAGGAGUGGGUGAGCGUGCAGGAAGGCCUGUGCGUGGUGGUGCCCUGCUCCAUCGAGUCGUACCCCCGGAGGCAAUGGACUGACUCCACCCCAGCCUACGGCUCCUGGUACAAAGACCAGGCGGACACAGGCGUGGAUCUGCCAGUGGCCACAAAUAAGCCAGAUCAAGAGGUGCAGACAGGCGCCAAGGGCCGAUUCCAGCUCCUGGGCGAUCUCAGCCGGAGCUGCUCGCUGCUGAUCAGGGACAUUCGCUUGGAGGACCAUGCCGCCUACUUCUUUCGGUUGGAGAGAGGCCCUUACGUGCGAUAUAAUUUCAAGGAAUACAAGUUCUUUCUGGAGGUGACGGCCCUGACUCAGAAGCCAGAGAUCUACAUCCCAAAGACGUUGGAGCCUGGGCGCCAGGUGACACUUCUUUGUGUGUUUUCCGGGACCUCGGAGGAAUGUCCAAGCCCGACUCUCUCCUGGAGAGGGGCUGCCUUCCCCUCCGACGGGGCGGGGCCGAGAACCUCCCACUUCUCCGCGCUCAGCCUCACGCCCAGACCCCAGGACCAUGACACGGAGCUCACGUGCCGAGCGGACCUCUCCCGGAAGGGCGUGAGCACAGAGACCACCGUCCGACUUAACGUGGCCUAUGCCCCCAGAAACCUGGUUAUCAGCGUUUCGUGGUCCAACGUGUCAGCCCCGGAGCCCCAGGGCAACAGCUCACAUCUGGAAGCCCAGAAAGGCCAGUUCCUGCAGCUGUUCUGUACCGCUGAGAGCGUGCCUCUUGCCACCCUGAGCUGGGCUCUGGGGGACAGAAUCCUCUCCUGGGCCCACCCCUCAGGCUCCAGAAUCCUGGAGCUGGUGCUGCCCCGGGUGAAGGCUGAGGAUGCGGGCCGCUACACCUGCAGAGCCGAGAACAGGUUAGGCUCUGAGAGCGGCAGCCUGGACCUUUCUGUGCAGUAUGCCCCAGAGAACCUGCGAGUGACCGCCUCCCAAGCAAAUAGGACAGUCCUGGAAAGCUUCGGGAAUGGCACAUCCAUCCCGGUCCUGGAGGGCCAAAGCCUGCGUCUACUCUGUGUCACUCACAGCAACCCCCCAGCCCAGCUGAGCUGGACCCGAGCGGGACAGACUCUGGCCCCCUCCCAGCUCUCAGAUCCUGGGCUCCUGGAACUGCCUCAGAUACAAACAGAGCAGGAAGGAGAAUUCACCUGCUGGGCUCAGAACCCCCUGGGCUCCCAGAAUCUCUCUCUGAGCCUCUUGGUGGUCUACCCCCCGCAGCUGCUGGGUCCCUCCUGCUCCUGGGAGGACGGGGGUCUCCACUGCAGCUGUUCCUCCCGAGCCCAGCCCGCCCCCUCCCUGCGCUGGCGGCUGGGGGAGGAGCUGCUGGACGGGAACUUCAGCAACGCCUCCGUCAAGGUCACCUCCAGCUCCGCCGGGCCCUGGGCCAACAGCUCCCUGAGCCUGGGCGAGGGGCUCAGCUCCAGCCUCAGACUCAGCUGCGAGGCCCAGAACGUCCACGGGGCCCAGAGCGCCACUGUCCUGCUACCGCCAGAUGAGAAGGGCCUCGCCUCCAAAGCCUUCACCAGCGGAGUAUUUCUAGGCCUUGGCCUCGCGACGCUGCUUUUCCUCUGCCUGCUCCCGGUCCUCCUGAAGGCCCUGAGGAAGAGAGGGACCCAGGCCGGCGUCCCGGCCCCGGCCCCGGGAGAUACUCCGCGGUCCAGGAUCUCCCGGAGGAGCACGAUCCUGGAUUACAUCAACGUGAUCCCGCGCGCUGGCCCCCUGGCUCCGAAACGGAAAGGCAAACCAAGGGGUCCAUCUCAGGCCCCUCCUCCAGAUGCGCACACCCUGGAGCCCAGAAUGAACCAGAAGGAGCUGCAUUUUGUCUCUCACAACUGUCCAGGACCCAAAUCAGCCAUGCAAGGCCCAGACUCAGAGAACCACCCGGAGGAGCUCCAUUACGCCGUCCUCAACUUCCCAGACCCCAGACCAUGGGAGAGCCAGGGGCCCAAGGAUUUCCACUCAGAAUAUGCUGCAGUCCAGUUCCACUGACUGGAGUAUGCCGUGGUCCAGUCCCAGGUCUGCUGGGCUGCAGGACUGGGAUCCAGGCCAGGGAGGAAGGCAGGGCAGUUGGGAAGAGAGCAGAACGUAUAGUCUGUCUGUCCGCCUGUCUUUAAUCCUCCAAGGAUGGGUCAUCCCAUCCCAGACACAGCCUGACAAGUGUCUCCAGAGCGGCCUUCUCUUGAAUAUGCUAUUCUCAGAAGCCAGCAGAAGCUUUUCUUCCGUCAAACCCACGGACCACCCUGGCUGAUUACUCACUGUCUCGGUUUCUAAAAGGCGGAAGGGCCUUUCGAGAAGAUGAAAUCAUCAUCUUUGCGAAGUCGCAAGCCAACCUCCCAGGUCAGGUCUGGCCCCCUGCCUAUUUUCAUGGCACCUGUGAGCCAAGCGUGUUCUUUACAUGUUCAAUGAGUAAGGGGGUGGGGACAGUCAAAAGCAGAGUGUCUUGUGAUGCAUGGAAAUGACUUGCAAUUCAAAUCUCCGUGUCCAUAAAUAAACAUAAAUCUUUAUUGGAGCACAA